AUGCCUCCUGCUGAGAAGAAGUGGGAUGCCAACGCCGAGCGCGAUCUUUGCGUCGCUAUCAUCAUGGGCGCCCAGGAUGGUGAGCGCAUGCGCUACAACUGGCCCAAGGUUCACAGCUCCAUGGAAUCUCUUGGGUAUUCCUUCACUAAGGAUGCCAUCUCCCAGCACUUCAGCAAGUCCAUCAUGCGCGACUUUAAGGGUCGCCACGGAGACACCUCUACGAGCAACUCUCCUGCUCCUGCUACCGCGCCUACUUCCAAGAAAACUCCCCGCAAGCGCGCCAUUCCUGCUAAGGGUCGCAAGAAGAAGGCCGAGUCUGAGGACGACGACAAGGACGCUGUCGACUCUCAUCUCUCCAAGAAGAUGAAGCGCAAUAAGGAAGAAGAGGACGAGGAUGUCAAGAUGAGCAAGACUGAGGACGAUCGUGAGCGCAGGUACGCUACGGCUGUCUUUGAGUCUGGAAUAUAUUAUUGA